CGCGCCGCCCCCGCCCCGCCGCGCCAGAGCGAGGCUGGGCGUGCGGCGUCACGGCGACGGCCCCAAGCCGCGCCCCGGUACAGGCAGCGAGAGGGAACGGAGCGGGCGACGGGCGGAGCGCAGCGGGCUCGGCCGGCGAGGCGGCGGCGGGGAGCGGGAGGCGCUGUCCGGUAUUGAGGGUGAUUUAUCUCUUGCAUCAUGCGUGAAUACAAGCUAGUGGUUCUUGGUUCUGGAGGUGUUGGAAAGUCUGCUCUGACUGUACAAUUUGUUCAAGGAAUAUUUGUUGAAAAAUACGAUCCUACGAUAGAAGACUCCUACAGAAAGCAAGUUGAAGUAGAUGCACAACAGUGUAUGCUUGAGAUCUUAGACACUGCGGGAACGGAACAGUUUACAGCAAUGAGAGACCUAUACAUGAAAAAUGGACAAGGUUUUGCAUUAGUAUAUUCCAUCACAGCACAGUCCACAUUUAAUGAUUUACAGGACCUAAGAGAACAGAUUCUUCGAGUCAAAGACACUGAUGAUGUGCCUAUGAUUCUGGUUGGCAAUAAGUGUGACUUGGAAGAUGAAAGAGUUGUGGGAAAGGAACAAGGUCAGAACCUAGCAAGGCAAUGGAAUAACUGUGCAUUCUUAGAGUCUUCUGCAAAAUCAAAGAUAAAUGUUAAUGAGAUCUUUUAUGACCUUGUGCGACAAAUUAACAGAAAAACCCCAGUGCCUGGGAAGGCUCGCAAAAAGUCCUCGUGUCAGCUACUUUAAUGCACAGCUGUACUGUAGCUCUGAGCCAGGUCUGAAGAACUGUUGCCCAAUUCAACAGUGCCAGCAUUCCAACUUUAUUAAACCUACCAACAUCUUAAAUGGACUUUCCUGUGGUGGUACCCUUUAAGAAACGGAUGAAAGCUACUACAUCAGUUUGCACAUUCUAAUCACUUUCCAGUGUCAUGAGAGAUUUUUACUUAUAAAUAUUCUAAGUGUAUGCAACUGGUCAAACCAGAGCCUACAUCCAGUAUUACCGAUAAGAGACAUUGUUCAUCCACCCAUGUUGUACCUGUAUGAAAACUGUGUACUGUAUACUUCACAACAACACCCCCCCACUUUCUAUUGGAGAGUACAAUAAUGUAAAUCCUAAAACAAAAAAAGAGAAAAAAAAAAAGCACCACUAUUUUAGCAUAAUAAAAGAAAGUCCAAAGAGCUCCUAUAUAGACUACUCCAGAUAACUUUUGCUUCAUCGGUAUUUGUAGCUUACUGUUAACUUUUUUAAGAGGAAAAGACAGGAUCAUCAUCGUCGUCAUCGUCAUGGUAUUGUACAAAACAAAAAGCUUUGAGUAACACAACAAGCUCUAUAGUUUUUUAAUUUGAGGAGGAAAAUAAAAACCAGUCAAAAAAGAACAGCAAACAAACCACAAAACAAAACCUGUGGAGACAGUGAAUCUAAUCUCGAAGAGUCCUUUUGGGUUCUAAUGGCUGACUUAACAAAGACAUGGCCUUGAAUAUCUGUUGGGAAGGAAAUGUCCAGACUUUUCAACCUUUUCCUUGUAUCUUUCCUUUUCCUUGUUUACAUAGGGAACAAUGUUUAUAGUUGUGUGUACAGUGGGGGUCUACAACAAGAAGUGUAUAUUUUAAAAGGAUUUUUUAAUGAUUUAACAAUUUUUUUGUAAAUCAUUUCUUUCAGGCUUCUGCAGCUGUAGAUUCUCACUGUGAAUUCCCUUGCUUGCUCAUGCAUUUAAGUGUAUUUGCAAUACCAAAUAUACAGGUUUAGUACUUUUUUGCCUGUUAGUGAUUGUUUUACAUGUGUAACGUUUUGGUUGAGAUGUUAAAUGGUGGAAGAGUACUGUGGAUGUGAAUGUGGGAAGUAAUUUUUAAUCAUGUGUAAUUGGUCACAGGGCCUAAGUUGCAGUAAUUAACUUUUUGCUGAUUUAUUUAACAAUGCCUUGUUGCUUUGUAUGCAUUAACGUUUGGGUGUAAAGAUUGUGUGUAUAUCCAACAGGGAGCCACAGUAUUUAAAUUGACCAACCUAAUGUUACAACUGCUUUGAGGUGGCCAAAUGUAAACUAAAAAGCCUUAAUUAAAGUGGUGCAAUUUUGUAUGACUUAGCAUCAGUAGUUCAAUAAAUUUGGAUUGCCAUGCAAGGGCUUGCAUUACAGUUA